AUGUCGUUGAACCAUCCCUUUGAUCCGUUGACUCCAAAGGAAAUAGCCAAGGCUGCGGCCAUUGUGCGCCGUGAAUUUCCAGCCCAAAACCCCAACUUCCGCGUCAUCACCUUGAAAGAGCCGGCAAAGGCUUCGAUGGUCUCGUUCCUAGAUCGCGAACAUCGAGGAGAGACUGCAAAUAAGCGACCUGCCAGGAUAGCCCGUGUCCAGGUUGUUAUUCCUGGAAGCGCGACAAAUAAGUUUGUCGAGCUAUGGGUCGACCUCGAUCAAGCUUGUGUAGUUCAGAAGCAGGAGCUCGCUGGAAAGCAUCCCUACAUUGACUCUGAUUACAUGCAAGCCGUUGAAAAAGUUUGCAUAGAAGAUCCAAAUGUUCAGAAACAUAUCGCAAAUCUUCAACUACCUGCCGACGCCUCUGUCAUUGUCGAGGCAUGGGCCUACGCUACAGAUGGUCUGAAUGACAUGUCAAAGCGCACAACAAUGGGUUGGUUCUACAUGCGCUUGAUCGACGAUGCCGACGCAAACUACUACGCCUACCCACUAGAUCUUUGCGCGGAGGUGUCAGAAGAAUUGAAGGUCACCAAGAUCUAUCAACUGCCAUCUGGACCUAACGACCGCAUUCACGAAGAGCCAAAGCCAUUUGACCGCCGCAAGAUUCAUGGAGCGGAAACCGAAUAUAGCCCUGGUCUGCGACCUUCACCGCGGAUGACAACCAAGCCUUAUCAAGUCAUCCAGCCCGAGGGACCCUCCUUCAAGACUCAAGGGAACUUCAUCGAGUGGGAGAAAUGGUCAAUGCACAUUGGUUUCAACUAUCGAGAGGGCCUCACUCUCCACGACGUCCGCUAUGAUAACCGAAGCCUCUUCUACCGUAUCUCACUUGCAGAGAUGUUCGUGCCAUACGGUGAUCCUCGAACUCCCUACCCGCGCAAAGCAGCAUUCGAUCUCGGGAAUGACGGAGCAGGAAUCAAUGCCAAUAACCUACGUCUAGGCUGUGAUUGCCUGGGUCACAUCAAAUACUUCGACGGCUGGCACACCACUACUUCCGGUGACCCUGUGAAGCUUCCAAAUGUGGUUUGCUGCCAUGAGCAGGACGAUGGCAUCUUAUGGAAGCAUACGAACUUCCGAACCCAGAACGCAGUUGUUACGCGCUCACGCAUCUUGGUCUUGCAAACUAUCAUCACGGUCAGCAAUUACGAGUAUAUAUUUGCUUUCCAGUUCGGUCAAGAUGCGUCUAUCCAUUACGAAGUCCGGGCUACUGGCAUCCUCUCCACAACACCUAUCGACAUCGGCGAUAAAGUACCUUACGGCACGAUCGUUGCCCCGGGUGUCUUGGCCCCCUACCACCAGCAUCUAUUUUCUCUUCGCAUGGACCCAGCCCUCGAUGGACACAACAACUCCUUACAAGUGGAAGAAUCGCAUCCCAUGCCCGUGGACACUCCGACCUUCAACCACGAAGGCAAGUCCCAAGCUCAGGUCGACUCCUACAGCAACCCAUUCGGCGUCGGAUACAUAACACACUCUUCCAUCGUCGAACAGGAAAAGGGUCUCGACUUGGAUUUCACGAAGAACCGCACCUUCAAAAUCAUCAACGAGAAUGUCAUCAACCCCAUCACCGGAACCCCUGUCGGAUUCAAGUUACUUCCUGCAUACAGCCAGAUGCUACUCGCACACCCAGAGUCAUAUCACGCAAAGCGUUCUGAGUUCGGAACGCAUGCUGUGUGGGUCACUCGUCACAACGACGAGGAGCAUUUCCCCUCUGGUCGACAUACGAUGCAGUCUGUUGGUGGGGAUGGAAUCCAUACUGCGAUUCAAAAGCGUGCUGGGACUGAAGAGGCGUCGGUUCGAAACAAGGAUAUUGUUGUUUGGCACACGUUUGGAUCGACACAUAACCCGAGGAUUGAGGAUUGGCCUGUGAUGCCGUCGGAGAAGAUGGUCGUCGGUUUUAAGCCUGCUAAUUUCUUCACUGGUAAUCCGGGCUUAGAUGUCGCUGUGUCAACUCAGGAGCAGAACCGGAGUGUUUUGGUUGACGGAGGCGAUGACACCAACUUGAAGUCAACUUGCUGCAGACUCUAG